CGUAGUAUUAAUGGCGUGCAUGAGAGAGAGAGAGAGAGAGGGGAAGAUGUUACAGUGAACAAACAGGGGACCAGACCAGACCAACUUACGUUUCUUUCUUUCCACUAUUUACUUCUUCUUCAUUCUCGUUUCGCUACCUUUUAGCCCGUCUCCUUUCACCCACUUUCUCUUCUCAAUAAUACUCCCCCACUAUAAACUCGAAAGCAGGGGCACCCCUGCAGCAGCAGAAGAAGAAAUAGCUAGAGAUUGACCGCCAUUGAACCAGAACAAGAAACAAGAACCCAUUUUCCACAAACCCACCAAAAAAAAAGAGAAGAAGACAUUUUCAAGGAGCACAAAGAAUAACGUAUAGAGGGUAGAGGGAGAAAAGGAAGCCGGGAAAGUUUCUUUUCUUUUUCUUCCAAAAUUCUCUCUGCCAUUGGAAAAGCUUUUUGAGUACUUUUUCUGCUUCUAAGUUUUGUACUUUCUUUCUACGUAGCACUGAAAAAAAAGUCCAUUUUUUUUAAAAAGUAUUUCUUGGAAAAGCGUUUCCCUCUUUUUUUGAGCUCUUUUGCGGAACAGUUAAGGUGUCUGUUAGCAAUUGGGUCGGGUCGGGCUAAUUUCCGGGGGCUGGACUAGUGCAAUUCGGAACUUGGAAAUGGACUCAAUGGAAGCUAUUCAAGCUAGAUCCGCUACCUGUGAAGUCAUCGGAGGGGAGUUUAGCCACCAGGUCGGGGAAGAAAUUCACCGGCUAAUGUCUGUGCAGCCGGAUUCUGGGAGUUCAUUCACCGCACUGCUUGAACUUCCGGCAAAUCAAGCCGUGGAGCUCUUAGUGCACUCGCCGGAGGCCGCCAUAGCUGAAAGUCCUUCCGUGACACGACCCCUAGAGCAAUUCAGUCAAUGUCCUCCUCCUCCGCCGGCUUCGACGCUUAUUUUCCCUUCCGACACCGCUCUCGUGGACCGAGCUGCCAAAUUCUCGACCUUAGUAAAUUCAGAUGACAACUCAAGGGCAAAAUUGGAAAGUGUGAAGCAAGAGCCAGCGGACUCCGAUUCCAACCCGAACUCCAACUCAUCUCCAGCUGUUUCGCACCCCGCCGUUGAGCAGAAUCCGAAUUCUGCAAAGCGAAAGGAGAGGGAGAAAAAGGGCAAAGAAUCUAACAAGAAGGGCAAAAAAGCUGCAAAUGAAACCUCCGAAGACGGCCGCGAGAAGCUUCCUUACGUUCACGUCCGAGCUCGCCGAGGACAGGCCACGGAUAGCCAUAGUUUAGCAGAAAGAGCAAGGAGAGAGAAGAUUAAUGCAAGGAUGAAGCUGUUACAAGAGCUGGUUCCCGGAUGUAACAAGAUUUCAGGCACUGCAAUGGUGCUGGAUGAGAUCAUUAACCAUGUUCAGUGCCUACAACGUCAAGUGGAGUUUCUCUCAAUGAGACUUGCUACUGUCAAUCCCAGAGUUGAUUUCAAUCUUGACACACUUCUUGCAGCAGAGAGUGGAUCCCCAAUAGAAACGAAUUUCCAGGGCAUGGUUAUGCCAUCAAUGUGGCCUGAAGAACAGGUACACGGGAACAGACAGCAGUAUCAGCAGCUGUGGCAUUUAGAUGGACUGCAUCAGCCAAUCUGGGGUCGGGAAGAAGACAAUUCUAACUUUAUUACUCCAGAAAACUCGCUGUUGAGUUAUGACUCUUCAGCAAAUUCAGCUUCUUUGCACUCAAAUCAGCUGAAAAUGGAGCUGCUUUGAAGGUGGUGGUGGUCCUGAAGCUGCUAUACAUUACUUGCUAGCUAGCUGUAUAUAAAUCACAUAUAGUAGUGUUAUGUUAGUAAAUAGCAGGAAGGCGUAGAGAGGAUGCCUCGGCCAAUUCAUUUGGUUCCUCAUUGGGUUCCUACAUUCUCUAGUUAACCAGCUGGCAGAAUAUCCAUCCAUAAUGCAAUCAUCUUCUUAUCUCA